GCGCGCAUAUCCGUUCUCCGUGAUUUUAGUACGCUAGUCGCGUCGCGUACUCUUCCGUUUGUACUGGGGUCGCUGGGGAUUCCGCUCGCUUACCUGUGUGUAUGUGACAUUUUUUUUCCAAGGGCCGUUUGCGCUGCUACAACAUGUUUACCUGGUUGAGCCGCUCUCGUCAUGAUAAUCAACAGUUCGUUGUCGAUUUCAUCAUGACACUUACGCCACUUUAUCGACGUGAGCAUUAAUUCUCAGCUUUACAAAGCAAAAACAGAGAGCGAGAGGUGUCAUGGAUGAUGAAGUACGUCUUGAAGGUGAAGAGGAGAUGGAGCUAGAUGAGGCUUCUGAUGGUGAAGAUGAAGAUGAAGAAACAACAGGGAUCCCAAUAUCUCCAGCUAACUCAGAUCAGUUGCUUGGACAGACAACACCAACAACUCCUGUUACACCAGAAGAGGCUUUUCAUGAUUCAUUGAGGUAUCCAAAGUUUCCAUUACCUGGAGGUAAACCUUUGAACAUUCGUCGUGGACCUGGCAGACCUCGGAAAGAACGACCUUUUGGUAUAACUCGUGGAGGAGGGACUAGAAGAUCCUUUGGAAGAGGUGGUGCCAGAGGCAAAGGAUUUGGAUAUACAAGGGGUGUACCUCGUCGCACUAAAAGUAAAGAUGAUGAUACACACUCGGAAUCUCCAAGUCCUUUGCGUACUAUGGGAAUGGAUGAUGCUGGUCCUGAUGGUAAUAGUGAACUGGGAAACUCAGUUGAUAGAUCGAUGCCUGCGCCUGAAGAACCUCCUUACUUUCCUGAACAAUGGCCAGGUAAAGUUUGCGCAUUAUGCAAUUUAGGCGAGAGGAGUCAGUUGGGACAAGGUGAACUCUUGCGUCUGACAUGUCCACCGGGUUUCACUCCCGAAAAGCCGUUGAAUCGCGAUGAAACAGCUACCGAUCAGCUUGUUAAUGUCGUUGUAGCAGGAGAUAAAAGUCCGCGUGCUACUGGACCUGGAAUUGCUGUUACCUGCCGUAGGCAAAAAAGUCUAGCCAAAUGCAGGAAUACUAGUCUAACUAAUUUCACGGAACCGGUGGAAGAAUUGACAAUCGUAGGCUAUUUGGAGGAACCAGAAGUUGGGGUUUUGUUUGAUUCCUCAACCAGCCAUUACUAUGCCCAUCAAUCAUGUAUUAUCUGGUCUAGCAAUAGUCAAGAUUUACUACCAGAAUUGGCAUGUCGUGCUGUUUUACAAGCUUCCUCCAGACGUUGUGCUUAUUGUUCGCAUUAUGGUGCUGGAAUUCCUUGCAAAGUGACAUCGUGCAAUCGUUAUUUUCAUUUUCCGUGUGCUGCAGCCAGCAGUUGUUUUCAAGACAUUAAGAGCUUAGCCCUUUUUUGCAGUCAACAUCUUGGCCAAGUACCGCUUUUACUGUGUGGAGAGGUAACUUGCGUUCAAUGUUAUGGAAUGGGCGAUGUCUCGAAUUUAGUGAUGUGCUCUGUGUGUGGCAGCCACUAUCAUGGUAGUUGUUUGGGUUUGGCAUUAUUACCUGGAGUGCGUGCUGGAUGGCAGUGCACAACUUGUCGUGUGUGUCAAGUUUGUCGGCAACCCGAGGAUGUUUCAAAGGUAAUGUUGUGUGAACGAUGUGACAAGGCUUAUCAUCCUGGUUGUUUGCGACCAAUUGUCACUUCCAUUCCAAAAUAUGGUUGGAAGUGUAAAUGUUGUCGCGUGUGUACCGAUUGUGGUUCACGUACUCCUGGAGCAGGGCUAUCCUCCAGAUGGCAUUCUCAUUAUACUGUCUGUGACUCAUGCUAUCAGCAGCGCAACAAGGGCUUCUCUUGUCCCCUUUGUAGAAAGGCAUACAGAGCUGCAGCUUAUCGUGAAAUGGUUCAAUGUCAUGGUUGCAAAAAGUUCGUCCAUGGUACAUGCGAUCCCGAAGCCGAUCCGCUUACUUAUCAGCAGCGCAAGGAAGCGAAACCAGACUAUGAAUAUGUCUGCCUACAUUGUAAGAGUAUUGCUAUGGUUGCUAGACGGAAGGACAGUAUCGAUGAAGGCGACUUAAGUCUAAGUGCUUCUCAAGAAAGUCUCGAUGGCGAGUCUUCUGAGUUAGAUUAUCCAAGUGGUUGUUCUGAAGAAGCGCUUUAUUCGGUUGGAUUAGGGAAAGGGAAACCGUUUUGUGCUACAAAGAUUGCGAAGAAAAGAUUGGGGAUUAGCGGCGGGGUUAUCGGUAGGCCAAAAGGUAUUGGGAAAUUGGGAUAUCAGAAAAGACAAAAGAUGACAGAGUUUGGAAGGAAGAGAGGGCCUAAGGGAAAGAUGAGGGGGUUUUAUGGAAUACCCGAAAUGGGCUUGCAGAGUCCGAAUCCAGAUUCAUCUCAAUCAAAAGAAGAAGAACAGCUUGGGGGUGAGAAUAGAUUAAUUCUUUGUUCGGCCAAAGAUAAAUUUGUUCUAACUCAGGACAUUUGUGUAAUGUGUGGUUCAAUUGGAAUGGAUCAGGAAGGUUGUUUGAUUGCGUGCGUACAAUGUGGUCAGUGUUAUCAUCCAUACUGCGCUGGUGUUAAAAUUACCAAGGUCAUUUUACAAAAGGGUUGGCGAUGUCUCGAUUGUACUGUUUGUGAAGGUUGUGGUGAACGAAAUGACGAAGGUCGUUUGAUUCUUUGCGAUGAUUGCGAUAUCAGCUACCAUAUUUAUUGUAUGGACCCACCUUUGGAUUAUGUUCCGCACGGUACAUGGAAGUGCAAAUGGUGUGCACAAUGUCAGACUUGUGGUUCCAACGAUCCUGGUACCAAUUCAUCUUGGCAGAAAAGUUAUACCCAGUGCGGACCCUGCGCUUCUCAUACCGCUUGCGCAGCUUGCCAAGAAGCUUAUCAGGAAGGUGAUCUCAUUAUUCAAUGCGUACAAUGCGAAAGAUGGCUUCACUGUGGUUGUGAUUCAAUUAAAAGCGAAACUGAAGCCGAACGCUGCGCCGAAGAAGGUUACGUUUGUCUUCUUUGUCGUCCUAGAGAUGUUCCUCCUCCACAUCUUCUUUCCAAACCUUCAAAAUUUGCUCGGUCAUCUUCUCCAUCUCAAAAUCGGAAUAUAGAAUUGUUUAAAGCUUCCUCACAACAAUAUUUGGUGGAAGGGGUAUAUCUUUCUGAAGCUGGAAUGAACCACAUUAAAUCUUUAACCGCAGAACAUCAGCAACCAAGGAAAAAGAAAAGAAAACAGCCUCAGAUGGUUGACAAAGAAGCAGAUAUCAUGGCGACUAUUGAAUCUGUUGUUGCUGGAGGAAGUUUAGAUAAUUCUUUGGAGGAAAAUAAAUUAGAAAUGAUGGAUGUCAAAGAUGAACCGGAGAUAGUGCUGAAAGAAGGUAUGGUGUGGAAUCAUCCUCCUCCAGAAGGUUUCAGCAUUUGCACUUCGGAAAACGGACUACCUGUUUUACGAAGAAAACGUCAAAGAAAUCUACAAAAAUUAGGAAUUGGAGGAUUUAUUGUGAGAUUGAGAACUAGGAAGGACAAGGAAGAAGAAGGAGAUGCUGAAAGACCUGGGGAAUCUUCGAUUGUAGGAAUGGGGGACGAUAAACCCCGAAGAAAACCUCAAAGAAGAAAGCCGAAAACGAAACUAGCAGAAUGUUUUCCUAUUUAUAUGCAAGAAGCAUUUUUUGGCAAGGACUUAAUGGAUACAACAAAAGAGAAAGACCUUGAAAGUAGCAGCGAAUCCGAAGAGGAACAAAAAGUUCCUGAAAAUGCUAAUACAAUUCAGUUAUCUCAAGAUGAAUUGAAGGUAAUGGAACAAGUCAAAGCGAAACGAGAAAAAGAAGAUGAAAAAAUUAUUCCUGAACAAAUUAAAAGAGAAGAAAUUGUGGAAGAUGAUGCGAGUGAUACUGAGGCACUCGGAGAUAUUUUACCAAUUUCCGGGGAUUUAUUGGACAGUGAUUUAGUGAAUACAAUAAUGAAUGAGAAUGAAGAGGACUUAGCGAAGGCAAGCGAAGCAUUAGACGAAUUGGAUGAUGCUCAAGGCGGAAGUAAAGAUGAAUUGACAGAUAUUCUUAGUCCACAUUUUAAUUUGGAGUCAAUGGUUAGAGAUACUGGAUUACCAAAUAUGGACAGUAAGGACAUCGAGGAAAUAUUUAAAGGUGUUUUGACCGACGAAUCUCAGGAAUCUCAGGAAUCAUCGGUGUUCUCUGUUCAAGCUCAAACUUCACAUCCCUCAUCGUCUACUACUCCCCUAGUAUCACCAUCUCCUCAUCCUGGUGUUCAAACAACAAUGCCUUUAGCGAGACCUCAAGUACCUGGUGCUCUACCUUCAGUUGGCCAAUCAAAUUUAAAUUCUCCAAUGAGUUUUCCACCGCCUUCGCCAUAUCACUCUGAAUAUAGCAAUAGUCCACAGUUUAGUCCAGCAUUUUCGGAACCACCAAGUCCAUGGGUGAAUCCCGAAGAUGAAGGAAAUGCUUCAGCAAACAAUCUUCCCAUUUCAAGCAACCAAAGAAACACUAUAAAGAUGGAGGCUGACGAAGCAUUGGGUUCUGCAGCCACAAUGUCAUCAGUUCUUUAUGCGAAUAUGAAUCAUCCUGAAUGGAAAACUGAAUAUCCAGCAUGGUCUGAGAGAUGCAAGCAAAUCCAAAAAAAGUGGCGAACGCUUCCAAAUGAGAAGAAAGCUCCAUACUUGACUCAAGCUCGAGAAAAUCGAGCUUCGCAAAAUCGUCUGAAGAAACCACAGCCCUCCAAGGAGACACCACCACCAAGCACCACCAAUACUAUCAUCACUACCAAUAUAACCACCACCAAUACCACCACCAUCAAUAUGAAUACCACUACUACUACCACCGCUAUGACUACCAUCAUCACCAAACCCGCCGCUAUGACGGCUCAGCAGCAGCAACAGCAGGGAGUGGGUCUGAGGCCCAUGGAGAAGCAAUCAGGAAUGUUAAUGGCUACUGGAAUGACGUCAACUGGCAGCAAUCAACAUCAGGAGGUGUGUGGGGUGCAGGGAACCCCGCCCAGCCCUUCCCUCUCUCCUGAGGCUCCUAAAAACCUACAGUCAUCCGCCUUGCAAUCGUGCACAACACCGGCUUCUUCAUCCUCUUUAUCUUCUUCUACACCUUCCUCUUCUUUCUCUCAUUGCAACAAUUCGGGUGAAGGGCAGCAAUCCCUCCAGCAACGUCCACCCCCCAUUGUCGUUAACAGCGGCGGCGGGAGCAGUAGCAUAGAUCAGCAUCAGAUCCGAGUGCUCACUCCGUCCGAGAUCAUGCGCACCCUUCCGUCCCUCAGCCAGGAGCACUACGACCCUCCACCUCCGCCACCACCACCCACUGCAAUUGUUCACACUGUGCCUCCCGUACAGAACCAUCACCACCACCACCACCACCACCACCACCACCACAACCACCAUCCGAAUAACAUUAUGGAACAGGAUAGAAUAUUAAACAGAGAUCGAUCUACCAGAGAAGCUGAACAGGAAAGACAAUGGAAACAAAUGCAAGCCUUACGUCAACAACAAGCACAAUUGCAGCAGCAAGUCAUUCAUGAGCAACGCGUACAUGCAAUUACUAGAGUACAUAGACAAAUCAGUGAGGAAAAUGCAUCUCAACUAAACAAUGAACUAAAUAAUAAUGCUACACCUGCAUUGACGGUACAGUUACAAGUUUCCACGGCGCAAGAUUCAAGCCAACUGACUUCUUUAGCUUCUCCUUCUCGCAAUACUUUUGCUACGCCCUCACUUAAAGCUCCCCGCAGUAUGACACCUCAGUCACCCCAUCAUCAACCUAUGGUACGUCUACCUGCGCAAACUCCUUGCCGUGGAAUACGUCCAGGUUUUCCUCAACCACCGUCUCCUUUUUCACCGCAAGCACCUCAAUCACCUCAUGACUUUCCACAGUCCCCUGCUUCCUCUCAACCUUCCCAGGAGUCGCAUUUCCAGCGUUUCGAGGGUAAUGUUUCAACUCCUGCAUCUCCCUAUUCAUCACCUCAGACACCAGGUACACCCCGCACUCCUGUGUUUAAUCCUCCACGACCCCCCGUUUAUGCUCCUCCUCCUCCUCCUCCUCCUCCUCCUCCUGCAACAUCGCGAACUCCUGAUCCUUACAGCCAACCGUCUGUCACUCCUACCUCCGCCCCUGCUGCACCUGGUUAUCCGUCGCCUAGAAAUUCUGAAACUCCUCGAACACCUCAGGAACAAGAGGUGGUCUUCGGGCAACAACCUGAAGUCAAUAGACAGUUGAGGGACUUGUUGCAAAGGCAACAGUUUAAUAAGAAGAUUGAAGGAGUUGGUGCCAAUUGGGUUCAGGACGGACAGAAUAAUACGGAGAAUAAUCAGCAACAGUUUGAAUCGAAUCAUGUGCAGCUUCAACAACAUUCUCAAGUACAAAACAAUUCUAGCGAAGGCACUUUUAGACAUCCACUUCCGCCAGGCAUUGUUAGGCCCAGAAUGCCAGUUCAACCGAAUGUCUUAAUAAGAAAUUCCAUUGGAAUAAACUCGCGACAUCCUGUAGCAGGAAAUAUUCAGAAUCCGAUUGACCAUCGUACCAGGACGUUACUGCAAAAUAGGCCUCAAGUAACCAAUUUACCUGCUCAGCAGCAUUUUCAGGCAACUCAAAAUCUCCAAACACGAAUGCCAGCAGCGAGAAAUGCAAUUUCUGAGCCUUAUGAUAUUUUGCAGCAACAGAGAUUUACAGAUGUCAAUCAAGCACAGAAUCAGCGUGCUGCGCGGACGACACAGGAUAAUUUAAAUCAAGGUAUUCGUAUGUUGAACUCGGCUCCAGGGAUGAUUCGACCACCACUUGUACCCACGACGAUGAGUGAUACUGCGGGAGUUGCUACUUCAGAAGCAUCCGAGAUUCCCGAUAAUGUGACAGCUGAAUUAGAAAAAUUGGAGCAAGAAGGAGCCGGUCCGAUAGUCGAAGUCGAGGGGGUCAGUGCAAUAUUGGGAGAUUUGGCUGAUGAUGAUGAUGAACUGCUCGCUGAAAUGGGAGCGGAUUUCAACAUUUUAGAAUAUGCGGAUCCUGAAUUGGAUACAAUCGUCGGUGGGGAGAAAACGAAUAUUCUUGAUUUGGAUCUCGAGCAAGUUGAAGUUGAUUCCAAAGAGGAUAAGCAAAAAAAGGAAACUAGGGAUGAAGAUCAAAAACCAGAAUUGACUGGUCCAUCCUCUGGAAUUGCUGAUUCUUGCUCGACGAGCACAAAUUUGACUCUGACAGAAAAUUCCAAUGUGACGACAAUGACAACAUCGCAGACAACACCGCAGGCAAUGCAAGCGCAAGUUGUACAGUUGCAUCAGCAAGUGCAACAGGCAGCAGCAAUGGGUCGACCGGUGCCACCAGGUACAAGGCUAGUUUCACCAGAUGGGGCAGUUUGUGGGGUAGUAACAUCCACAAAUACGGUAACUGUGAGUUAUCCAUCAAGUUUUCCCGGACAUCCGCAGAGACUUCCGCAAGCGCAUAUACAAGUUUCACAACAACGGCUGGGCAUGCGAGUAGCUGCAGGGGUGCCAAAUAUGGCUGGCAGAGUAGUUGCUGUAAAUCACAUGAUUGGCCCUCGGAUGCCGUUAGCUCCGCCGCCACCGCCACCUCCACCACCUCCGCCACCACCUCCUUAUCCGGGACCACCACCUCCGUAUCCUGGACCAAUACAAAUGGGACUGUGCCCGAGUGGUGGUGGUGGGCGAGGUAUGACACGACCCUCGGUUCAUAUGACGGGGCACCAGGUACCGGUGACGGGUCCGCCAAUGGGACCUGUGGUGCCACACCCUCACCGGAGACCUUUGCUUCUGCAGUCGUGUUCACAGGAGCAGCCAUUAUUGCUGGAGGAGCUGUUAGAACAGGAAAAACGUGAACAAGAAAAGCAACAACAGCAGCAGCAGCAGCAGCAACAACAACAGACUGAAAAUGUUACUGGAGGAAGUCUUUUGAGUGACAGCGAUUUUGAAAAACUCAAAGCUGAUGUUUUGGGUACCACGUCGCCUCCUCAAGGUAUGGUACCCGUGAUAAGACCACCUUGUACGGCGAGAUCACCAUCCGCGCCUAACGCUAACUGGCAACAAAGUGGCGUACCUGCUGAUGGGGCGGCAAAGCUAGCAGCGACACAAGUGGGCUCGAGACAGCCGAUUGCCACCCAGACUCCGCCUGAACCAAGAGUGACUACGUUUAACAUUCCUCAAAAACCAGCACCACCGACUCCACCAGAUAAUAUAGUUAAUGACCAAGAUCGACAAAUACAGAUACAAUAUGAACAAUGGCUUAAUAAUCAACAUCAAAUAUUAAGUCAACAAUUGAAAUAUUAUGAGGGAGAAGUACAAAAACUUCGUAAAAUAAAAAAGUCUCUUAAUAGUAGGCAACGCCAACUUCGUAAAUCUGGUAACGAACUACCAGAGAGCGAUGCCGCUGAAUUGCAACGGAUUUCUAGCGAGCAAUCUAUUCUUCAGAAACAUUUAGAUUCCUCGCGUAAGCAGGCACGUCAACACACCAUAUUGGUUCAGGAGUAUCAGAGUAAACAACAACAACGACAGAAUCAAUCCCAACCAAAUGAACCUUGUUCUCCGUUAAUGUCACCUUCUCAACAUUCUCCAAUGCAUUCUCCAGCAGCGUUGGUUUCUCAAAGUCCUGGCCCCAGCAUGAUUCAGCAUUCACCAGCAACUCCGUCAAUUGUUCAACAUAGCCCAGGUACACCGCUGCUUCAACAUAGCCCAGGCAAUCCUCAAUCAACAAAUCCGGGUACAAUGUCACCUCAUAAUGUUCAGCAACAAUCACCAAGAAUUGGUACUCCUCAUUCUCAAGGUGAUGAAAGUCCCUUCAGCCCUGGACCAAUGCCUUCUCCAGGUCUAUGCAAUCCCAACACUACGCGAAUGACGUCACCACAACACAGAGCUAUUAUUGGUGGAAGAUUGGCAACUUCUCCCGGUGCCUUUACGCCAGAGACACGAAAUCAGCAACAAUUGAUAGCUGAGCAAGGUGUCAGAAUUCAUAGUUUAACUCAGAGAUUUGUCAGACCACCGGAAGGAGCGCAGAGAAGAGGAGGUAUUGUUUAUUCACAAUCAGGACAACAGUUGUUGAAUCAACAACAGCAUCAGCAGUUAUUACAAAGGCAACAGAUUAUUCAACAACAGCACGAAGGUAUUUCUCAAGAUCAAGGACAAGGUUCUAUUGUUCGGGGAACACUACAACGCCAGCAAGUUUUUCAACAGCAGCAACAUGAGGGUGUUCCUCGACAACAAAUUCUUCAACAGCAACAAAAUGAUAUUUCUCAGGAUGGGCAGAACGUUAUUACUCAAAGAAAUUUGCAAAUGGUUCAACAAAGACAGAUUCUUCAACAACAGCAGGGUGAUAUCAUUUCGCAAGAAGGUCAGAAUGUUAAUCAAAGAAAUUUACAAAUGACUCGACAACAAAUUAUUCAGCAGCAGCAACAAGAAGGCAUUUCUCAGGAUGGACAAAAUGUUGUUACUCAAAGAUCAUUACAAAUGACUCAGCAACGACAGCAAAUUCUUCAGCAACAGCAACAAAUUCUUCAACAACAGCAACCCGAAAAUGUUUCUCAGGAAGGACAAAAUUCUAUUAAUCAAAGAUCAUUGCAAGUAGUUUCACAACAACGGCAACAAAUUCUUCAGCAACAACCACAACAAAAUGAUAUUAUUUCUCAAGAAAAUCAUAAUGUUGUUACUGCUCAAAGAAAUUUACAGAUGGUACAACAACGACAACAAAUUCUUCAGCAACAACAACAAAUUCUUCAACAACAACAUGAAGUUGUUUCUCAGAGUAUUUCUCAAGAAGGGCAAAAUUCUAGAACACUCCAAAUGAUUCAGCAACGGCAGCAGAUAUUUCAGCAACAGCAGCAACAAGAAGCUACUUCUCAAGAUGGGCAAAAUGUUACUGUUCAAAGACAUUUGCAAAUAGGACAACGACAGCAGCAGGAAAGUGUUUCUCAAAAUAUUUCUCAAGAAAUUGGACAAAAUGUUCAAAGAACAUUACAAAUAGCACAACAACGUCAACAAAUCCUUCAACAUCAACAACAUGAAAAUAUUUCUCAAGACGGACAGAAUACUGUUGCUCAAAGAAAUCUACAAAUUACUCAACGUCAACAGCAAAUUCUUCAGCAGCAGCAUCAACAUGAAGAUGUUUCCCAAGAUCACAGCACUCAAAGAUCACUGCAACUGGCUCAACAGCGAACACAAAUUUUACAUCAACACGAAGGGGUUUCUCAAGAAGGACAAAAUAUAAUUGCUCAAAGAUCUUUGCAAUUGGCUCAACGACAACAGAUUCUUCAUCAGCAACAACAUGAAGUUAUUUCUCAAGAAGGCCAGACUUCUAUUGCUCAAAGAUCACUUCAAAUGACUCAACAACGUCAACAAAUUCUUCAUCAACAACACGAAGGUGUUUCUCAGGGUAUUUCUCAGGAAGGACAAAAUUCUAUUAGUCCAAGAUCACUUCAAAUAGCUCAGCAAAGACAGCAUAUUCUUCAGCAACAACAACAACGGCAAUUCUUGCAAAUGCAACAACCGCAACAGAAACCACCCAACUCGCCAAUGAUGUCUCAACCAUCAAAUUCUCCUAGCCCGCAACUGCAUCAGCAACUUCAACAAGGUUAUGGUCAGCCUCCAAGUUCACCUAUGGUGCAACAGACAACAAUGGGAUCACCGAUGCUUCAACAACAAUUAAAUCCACCUUCACAACCUCCUAGUCCAAUGAAUAGGAUUUCACCAAUGCUUCAUGGUAGCCAUCAUCAUUCUUCCGCAAAUAAUCAACCGCCUAGUUCUCCUAUGAUGCCUAGAAGUCCUAUGGUAGCCGGAUCUCCUAUGCAGAUUCAGCGAAGACAGUCUACUGGAAAUAGUCCAGCUAUGCCAGAUAGACCCCAGAGUGUGGAAAAUCCUGGAACUCCAAGAACACCUCAUACACCUCAUAAUUUUGUUCAACAAAAUGCUAAUUUAACUAUAACUCCAAGCGAUCAGCAACAAGUGUCUCAGGAACAAACUUCUUUAUCAGAUAAUCUUUCUAGAGGCGGAGGAAAUUCCAGUAAUUCGUUAAAUCCAAUUCCUUCUCUUGAUGAAAGAAAAUCAAAAUAUUUUAAAUUGGGAUUGAGAGGUGGCUCAUCAUAUGAUCAGGAGAUUUGUCAACAAAUUUCUCAGCAACAAGUUUCUUCAUCAGAAGAUUCUAUUCAAAAUAGAGAAAAUCUAAAAUUCACAAAGCCAAUGCGAUUUCCUAAUUUUGGACGGUUUGGGUGGUUUAAAUUAGGCCUAAGAGGUGGAUCGCCGAUGUGGUCAAGCAAGGCAGAGAGUAGCAAGAGUACUAAAGGGUCUGAAACAUCCCAGGUGAAAAGAGAUCAGUCCACAGAUGAGAAAGCAAAUACUUCCACAAAUCGGAAACCCAGAGUUAGCUCAUUAGUCUGCGUUGAUUACAAUGAAUUCGACGACGAUUCGCACACACCGCCACAAGCUUCGCCAACUUUGGAAAUAAAAUCAGCUGGUCAAAGCUCUUCUUUGACUUCUUCGACUUUAGAUAAUGGAUCUCUGACUUUGGAAAGUCCUGGAGAAAAACUGGAACAACUUCCAGAUACGACGGAUUAUGAUGAUGACAAAACUAUAGUUAAUACAGAGGUAACUUUGAGUUCUACAGCUCAGCGAGAUAGUGACGAUAUUACCGUAAUUGAACAGUUCGGCGACUCGGAGCUGGUUGAUGUUAUUUCGGGAACUUUAGAAGGUGACAUGCAGGAAGAGUAUGUUCUCUUUGAACCUGGAAUGGUAGUAGAUCUCUCUGCUGAUAGCAAUGAUUCUCUUUGUCACGCUUUAGUGAAUGAUGCUGGUCAAGGUCACGACUUAGUGCAGAUUUUAGAGAUUGAUAAUUCUGAAUCUCAAUCAGAAGAACCGAUUUUGAGUGACGAAGAUUUAGUCCCGUCUCAUUCAAGGAAUAAGAAGGGUCUUAGACUCGACAUAGUGAGAACUUUGCAAUCUGGAAAGAAACUAGUUGCUGUAACUGACACUCCAGAGUCUCCAGAUCAAGAAGAACUUCGUGUUGAUCCUUCCCCGGGUCCUUAUUUGGAUCAGUCACCUGAUCAAGAACUUAUGGUAUCUUUAGUAAGUGAGUCUGAAGUGGUUAUCAUUGACCACACUACGAAAUCCCCUGAAGACAAUCUUUCUAAAGGCUCUUGCGACGAAGAGAUUGACAAAACUGAUAACAACAUACAAACUGAUAUUUCUAAAGACAAUACAUCUAAUGAAGAUACGACAGAUGAUCAAACCAGAUCUUUAAAACAAAACAAAAGUCCUACAAAUUUUAUUUUUUCAGAUAAAUCUUAUACUAAAAUACCAGUUUCAACUAUACACUCAACAAAUAUUAAUAUAACAGUCUCAAAAUCGACAGCUUCCUUAACAAAUACUGCUAUUUCUUCAAAUUCGACUUCCAUAAGUUCUAUUAGUUCUAAUUCUGAAUUGAAUCAAAUUUCAGUUCAACCAAUUAUGACCGAAGCUAAAAUGACAGAUCAAUUUGAUUUAAAGGAAGUUUCCUCUUUUAGCAAUCAAAAAAGCGUCACAUCGUCAACAAUGGCAAGUAUUGUAGCGGAUGCAAAAAUUGCUGCAAAACUUAGUCAAACCACUCUAGAGAAUAUCUCCAAUUUUCAACAAGACAAAUCGAACUCGAAAAUUAUCUCUGAAAAUGAAAUGCCGAAUAUAUUAUUCUCAGAGAAACCUUCAACAACCUUUUCGAGUUCGCCAAAUACAACGAAACAAUCUUUGAACAAUCCCACGAAGUUAGUAUUAGGUGUACAAUCAACUUCUGUGACGCUCUCAACUCCAAAAAUGUCGAUUCCGGACCUAUCAAAAAGUGAUAGUAUCUUAAAGAACAAAGAGAAUUUAACAGAAAAUCAAGAAGGCCAAAUAAAGAAGAAAGAAGAGAAUAAAAUUCAUGAUAAAACCAAAAACGAGAGCGAUUCUUUGGACAUAUCAAAUACUUUUUCAGGGUCAAUCGAAGAAAAGAAGGCUGAUCCAUUAAAUACUACAGACGAAUUAGAGAGUAUGUUAGAGGCCAUUCACAAUCCUGCAGAAAAUGUUGAGAGUAAAAACGAUACUCCAACGACGACUUUAAAAAGAAUGUCACCUGUUACCGAUGAUCUAUCGCUUGUGAACAUUCUAGAAAAUGACACUGAACCGGUGGAAAAUGAUAAGGAACAAACCUGUUCAGAUACUGAUAUGCAAAAAGCAACAAAUAAAUCGGAAGAAAUCCAAAGAAACAUUGAAGAAAUUAAUAAUGACAAAAAUACACUUUUAAAUGAGAAGAAUUGUCAGGAAGAACUAUGUACUGAAAUGGAAAAUUCUAAGCCAUUUCUUCAGCGUUGUUUGAGUGAGGAAAAGACUUUAAUGGAGGAAUCUUCUGAUGAUAUUUUGGAUAUGUUACACAAUAUUAUUUCGUCGAAACCAGAAAUGGCAAACAGCGGCGAGUUGAAAUCGAGCCUUUACCAGAUGCCAACGCCAUUGGAUACUUUGCCUUUAAAUAUUCUUCAGGAUUCAUUAAUGGAUUUAGAACAAGAAACUCUUGAAAACGAUCAAAUUUCUUCAACUGAAGCUAAAAAUGAAAUAAAAACUCAAAAUACUGAAGUAAAAAAGAAUUCUCCAGCAACAAAUCAAGCUUCCACUUUGGUAGUUAGUACCGUGGCACAACUGCAAAAAAGCACGACAACAGUUCCUCAUUUAUCUCCACUCUCAAAGCCGACAGAAUUGACUUCUAAUGUAGCCAACGUGUCUCAUCAAUUGAGAACAUUGUUAUCAUCGUUACAGAGCAAUCAGACAACAAUAAAUCAAACUGGAGUGGUCACUAUGGUUACCUCAGCGAAAUCUGGAAGUAUUUUGUCUACUUCUAGCUCUUUAUCGACAUUGAAUUCGUCAAGUAAUGUUCAGAGUGGAGUUUCAACCUUGAUGAGAUUAGAUCAAAGUCGUCAACCUAGUUUGAUCAGCAACACUUCAAAAGAUUCCGAAUUGGUAAAAGAGAAAAAAGAGUUAAAAGAAGGUAGCGGAGUUAAUACUACUACGGCUUCAAAGGUUAAUAAUAACGAGCAAAUCUUUAGGGUGACUUCUUCAGCAGCAACUUUGCAGACUAGUACAGCUUCUAUUUCAAGUACUUCAACUGUAGUUACUUCUAGAACCGUUACAACUUCUAUUUCCAUCACUUCAUCAAACGUCAUGUUGAAUGCUAUGCUUAGUACUCCUUCUUCGAAACCUUCAAUUGCUGGUCACAGUCGAAGUAACACGGCACCAACGACUCAGUCUGCCAAUUUUUUGAGUUCUGUUUUGCCAUCGACUUCAAUACAGCGCUCACAAAAUCUUCAAGCAAUUCUUCAAGUCAGUUCAGGUGGUUCUACACCCUCUCGAGUAUUAGUAAAUACUAGUUCAGCCGUAACCAGUUCAAUGCAAUGUAUUAGGACCAUUGUACCGCCUUUGACAACUUCUAGUGGAGUUUCAAGUCCCAGCAUUCUUCAAUCAACUUUAUCACAAGCUCCAAGUCUUCUUUUGAAUUCUUCUAAUCAGAACCAAUAUAAAUCAUCUGGUCUUCUAUCAAUAGAAAAUAAACAUAACGAACUUGAAGGCCAAUCUACAACAGUGAAAAAGGAUUCUGAAGAGUCUAAAAUACAAGAGAAGAAAGAAAUAGAUUCCAAUAAAAGUUCUUCUAACACUUUAAGAUUAGAGGAAUCCCAAAAUGUGUUGUUAAAACAAUUAUUGCAAAAUACAGCAUGUGCUACAACAUCUUCAGUAUCGAUGCAAGGACACAAUCUGCCGAAAGUUCCUUCGUUGGAAGCGCAAUUAGCUCGACCAGUUUUACCUACACAAUCAUCUUUCCCGCCUCAAUUGCUGCACGAUACUCCGAAGCCAAAAGGUUUUAGAGAAACUUCUUUUUUGUCUCAUUCUGUUACAUCCUUAAAGGUUCAAAGUUCGCCAACUAAAGAAGAAUCUGUUAAGCCUCCUCCUCCAUUAUCGAGUACGACACAAAGAGCACAAACUGAAAGUUCGAAGCAACAAACGGCGAAGUCAGUUUCUACUUCUUCAGUAAAUUCUUCGGAAAUUUCUGUAUCGAGUCAACAGCUGGUUUCUUCAACGACAAUAACAACAACAAUAACAACAACAACAACAAAAACAUCUCCGAAUAUUUCUACGAGUCAACCAGAAACAUCUGGAAGUCAGAGUAAAUUGGGAACUGGCAUCGGCGAAAGUUCUCAGAUUCAACGUGUUACUGUUUCUAUUUCAAAAGCUGGUUUACAAAAUAAGCCGUUAGUAACCUCUGGAAUAGCUUCAAAGAGUGUUCAAUUAGCGACUAGUAAUGCUAGUAAUAUAUCUGGAUCGCAAACUCAAGUUCAACAAUCCCAAAACCAAGCACCAGUUGCGCAGAAAUCAACCGUGGUACAACAAGUUCCUUCUUCUUCGACUACUUCCGUUCAACAACAAUCUGUUCAGCAACAAGUGCCUCAUAGCCACGGGGUUGUCGUGAUUCCAUCACCGACUGUUGUGGCGUCCGCUGCCCCAUCAGGUUCCAACACAGUGCCUUUAGUCGAAGUGAAGAAGGAAAUUGGUCUUGAGGAUGUUUUGACUACUACAGGCACAACGCCAGCCAGUCAAUUACAGACGGAUACCAAAGACUUUAUUACUACCAAAGAGGAACUCAUAGAUGGUGCAAUGGAUGAUAAAACUGAUCUUAAGAAGUUAAAAAGGAGACAGUAUCAACAGAAGAGAAAGCAAAGCCAAGGAAAAGAUGCCGCAACUGCACCUCAGAAAAAACGUUCCCGUAAAGUCUCGCGUCUCGAUGAAGAUUAUGAUACAUUUGUAGACAAUUUAAUGGCUCAAUUGCGGCAGCUUCAGCCAAUGGUGGUUUUGGAACCCCAUCUAAGUCGAAAUUACGGGGUGUGUCCGAUUUUUGGUUGUGGAGAUCUUGCUAAGAUUGGAAGUCAAAAGGAUUAUAAUCCUAGAAUUGGUGAUUUGACUGGAAAUUAUGGAUCAGCAAAUAUAUCUGGAAUUUCUGAUCAUUAUAAUACACAGCCAUUUGGAGAACUAGACCCUCUACCACCUCAACAACCUUCGACUACGCAAAGAGGAUUUUAUGAUCAGGAAUUUCCGCCUUUGAAGUUGGAUGAUACUGAUGAUAAGAAAGAGAAUAUAACGUCGAAUCGCGAUGUGGACUCUCCCGAUACUAUUGUGAGUUCGUCUUCGCCUGAAUGUGUUAUACCAGAAUUUAUGCAUCGUUUUCCCGGACUGCGAUUGAUUGAGGAAGAAUCGGAUGAGGAAGCGGAAUGGCUAAAACGUGUGUCACCCGUUAUACCUCUGAUUUCGCCGAUUCCAAUCAGACUGAAACCUAAUUACUUAAAAGAUGCAGCUAAACAAGAUAAAGAGAAUCUUGGAAUGCCCAAGCUUGGCAAGUCUCCUCCAAUUCCUUUACGAGAAAGCGGAAAUGUUACCGUGACUUUAACUUUGAAUAGUCAGGCUGCUGACGAUAUAAUGGGUGUACUUAAAGAUCUUGCUAAUAUUUUGAACAUAACACCACCUGCUGGUUAUCAAAUAGUUGAACGCACUACUACUCCUCCCAGUCAGAAACUUGGGUUGUACAGGACAAAAGGAAAGGACGGCAAAGAGGGUACUCCAAUCGAUAUACAAAGCAUUUUGAACGGUGCAGCAAAGUUUUGUCGUCAUUGUGAUGUUGUGAUACUUAACAGUUUAAUUCGAAAGAAAGUAUCGGAUUUACCAUUCUUGAGCAAAGAAGAAGCUGAACCGGGUGAUGAACUUUGCUUCUGUUCGGCUGCUUGUUAUGUGCAAUUUGCCCUUAUGCAUCGAACACCUUCCAAUACUCAGGAUAAGGCUGCAACAAUAGUAGACCAUCUAUGUCAUAAAACAGAUGCAAAAAUAUUAGAAGAAGACUUAAAAAGUCUGAGGAAAUUCCCUAUCAAACAGCAACAACAGCAAAUAGAGAGGCUUGAAAAUAUAGAGAUCAGUAAUGAGUCAACAACCGAGAUCAAAGUAAAAACUGAAAAAUUAGAUAAUGUCGAGAGCACAGAAAACGAAGAAAAACGAUCGAAAAAACAUUUGAGUAGUGAAGAAAUCGGUGAUUCUAUCGAUUCCCAACCACCUACGAAGAUCUGGAAAGGUUUGAGAUAUAAAACAUGGUCGAUAGGAGCCCUGCAACCUGCAACUAAAUUUAAAAAACCUACUGAUAGGGAAAUUACCGAGAUGCUAUUUCGUAUGGGAAUCGCAGUAGCUCCUGCAAAAGCCGAAGAUACCCGUCGUUGUGUUUUUUGCAAGAGUCAGGGUGAUGCAACAGCCGAUGGACCAGCUCGAUUACUUAAUUUUGAUGUGGAUAAAUGGGUACAUCUCAAUUGUGCAUUAUGGUCUAAUGUAGUGUAUGAAGCACAGAGUGGUGCACUCAUGAGAUUGGACGAAGUCCUGCAAAAUAAUCUUGUACAAAUGUGCAUUGUUUGCGAAAAAUCCGCUGGCACGGUCAAAUGUUAUAAGCCAAGAUGUACCAAUUGCUACCACCUAGUAUGUGCUCUCAAAGACGGCUGCGGUUUCUACAAAGAUAAGACUAUGGCUUGUCCUCAACAUCUUAUAAAAGAUAAAGAUAAAGAAUUAACUACACUUUCUGUUCACCGUCGUGUUUAUGUCCAACGUGAUGAAAAUCGUCAAGUUGCUGCGGUGAUGCACCAUUCCGACAAUAAACAUCUGCUUCGUGUAGGUUCUCUUAUCUUUCUCAGCGUCGGCCAGUUGCUUCCUCAUCAACUGCAAAACUUCCACACGCCAAAUUAUAUUUAUCCGGUGGGCUACAAAAUCGUGCGUUUCUAUUGGAGUAUGCGCAAACCCAACAAACGUUGCCGUUAUGUUUGCUCGAUCCACGAUGUUUCUGGUCGUCCGGAAUUUCGUGUUCUAGUCCAAGAACCUCUUCAAGAGGAUGUUGAACUGAGAGAUGCUACUCCACGAGCAGUUUGGAAUCGAAUUUUGGAACCACUGGCAGAAUUGAGAAGAAGCACGAAUUCUGUUCAAUUAUUUCCGAGAUACGUUUCGGGAGAGGAUCUGUUUGGUUUGACAGAGCCAGCAGUGGUACGGGUGCUGGAAAGCUUGCCUGGAAUCGAGACUUUAACAGAUUACAGAUUUAAAUACGGACGUAAUCCGUUGUUGGAACUGCCUUUGGCCAUCAAUCCAUCCGGGAGUGCACGGACAGAGGCACGAUUACGCAACCAGCUACCGUGGAAACGACCACAUACACAACGUACAGGAGGCUUUGCUUCACGUGGCGUACCAUUUGGUUUGCCGACCUGUGGUGCUGCUGCAACGAUGGGCGGUGGAGUUUCUUCAACAUUAGUUGCAGCAGCUGCUGCUGCCGGCGAAGCCGCUUCCUGUCCAUACUCGAAGCAAUUUGUGCACUCCAAGAGUUCGCAGUACAAGAAGAUGAAGCAGGAAUGGCGUAAUAAUGUUUAUUUGGCAAGAUCUAAGAUUCAAGGUCUGGGACUGUACGCGGCGAGAGAUCUGGAAAAGCACACAAUGGUGAUCGAGUACAUUGGAGAGAUCAUUAGGUCAGAGUUGGCGGAAACGAGAGAAAAACAAUAUGAGGCUAGAAAUCGCGGUAUAUAUAUGUUCCGACUGGAUGAGGAGCGAGUAGUGGAUGCAACUUUGUGUGGCGGUCUCGCUCGCUACAUCAAUCAUUCCUGUAAUCCCAACUGUGUUGCUGAGACUGUUGAAGUUGAACGCGAUCUCAGGAUUAUCAUUUUUGCCAAGCGUCGAAUUUCACGUGGCGAAGAACUGGCAUAUGACUAUAAAUUUGAUAUUGAAGAUGACCAGCACAAGAUCGCAUGUGCUUGCGGCGCACCCAAUUGUCGUAAGUGGAUGAACUAAAAAAAUCAGGACGAUGACUAAUAACAGAGAAAAGAAAUAGAAAAAUAAGAAAUUAAAGAAGAAAACUCAGUCUCUCCACCCUGCCCAUUGUUAUCAUUGUUGCUAUGUUAUAUAAGUUUAUAGGAGUGAUCCAGGGUUAAAAACUAAGGGAUAGAAGAAGUUGUGGUGCUAAUCAGAGACGCCAUCACAUUCCUCCAAAGUGUUGUAAAAAUAUAUAUAUAUAUUAUAAUUGUCGUUAUAUUAAGAAAAAAUAUCGAUUGCUUGUAUAUUGUAUACGAGAUGAGAAAAAAUAUUGAAAGAUCAGGAAAGGAGGAAAAUGGGUUGUAUAUGAACGAGAGAAAAGAGAAUUACAAUUUUUGUGCUUUUGGUCCAAUGAUAAUUUGUUGUAAUAUAAAAAAUUUAUAUUAAUAAUAAUUAUUAUCAUCAUGUAUAAUUAUAAUGAUAUGGACAUUGUAGACACACGCAUAUCGUGUGCACCGCACUGUUUCGGUGUAUGUAUGUAUGUACAUGAAUACAUGUGUGUGUGUGUGUGUGUGUGUGUGUAUAUACACACACAUAUAUACAUACUUACAUAUAUACAUACAUAUACACAUAAUACGAAGUAGUUUUAUUUUCGAAUCACCUGAUAUGUAUGUAAAGCGCAAUUAAGAAAUUCUGAAACUAUUUGGAAGAAUUGUAUACAAUUAUUAUACCGAUUUCAUUAUGCGACUGAUUUUUAAUAAAAAAAAUAUUCCC